AAUAACCCGCACUCUUGAUCAUCGCACAGCAUAUAUAUACGGAGUGUAAGAGGAGCAAACAAAACCCUAAAUCUCAUUUCUUCCCACUGUUGCCGCCGUCGCGUUUCCUCGAGACUGCUCGGCUGAAGCCAAAGACUCGAUUCAUCCACCAUGAAGUUCAAUAUCGCCAAUCCGACCACUGGUUGCCAGAAGAAGCUUGAAAUCGACGAUGAUCAGAAGCUCCGAGCUUUUUUUGACAAGAGGAUCUCACAGGAGGUCAGCGGAGAUUCCCUUGGAGAUGAAUUUAAGGGCUAUGUUUUCAAGAUUAUGGGAGGCUGUGACAAACAAGGCUUCCCAAUGAAACAGGGAGUGUUAACACCUGGUCGUGUUCGUCUCUUGCUCCACAGAGGGACACCUUGCUUCCGUGGAUAUGGUAGGCGCAAUGGAGAGAGGAGGAGGAAGUCUGUACGUGGGUGCAUUGUGAGCCAAGACCUGUCUGUCCUGAACUUGGUUAUUGUGAAGAAAGGUGACAGUGACCUUCCUGGGUUGACUGACACAGAGAAACCAAGAAUGAGGGGUCCGAAGAGGGCAUCAAAAAUUCGCAAACUCUUCAACCUGUCCAAGGAGGAUGAUGUUCGAAAGUAUGUGAACACGUACCGUCGAACAUUCACAACCAAGGCUGGGAAGAAGGUCAGUAAGGCUCCUAAGAUCCAGAGAUUGGUUACUCCAUUGACUUUGCAGAGGAAGCGGGCAAGAAUUGCUGAGAAGAAGAAGAGAAUUGCAAAGGCUAAAUCUGAGGCAGCUGAUUACCAGAAGCUCCUCGCUACCAGAUUGAAGCAACAGAGAGACAAGCGAAGUGAGAGCUUAGCCAAGAAAAGAUCCAGGCUCUCUGCCGCUUCUAAGCCAUCUAUUGCUGCUUAGGCCAAUCCUUUCAAGAGAAUUGCAUUUUGGUUGAAGUUUUGGAUAAUUUUCACUUGCUAUGGUAUGGUAUGGAUUUCAUAUGUAUUGAUGGUACUUCUGUAUUUUUAUCAUGAUAUUUGAAAACUUACUGUUUGGGAUCUUAAGUUUUCAUAAAUUUUAAUCGAGACAUUUUUUUACCAAAUUGA